GACAAUUGUAGCGUACCACAUUAAUAUUCCAAGUUUCAAUUCAUGCAAAUGGCUCAAGUGAGUUCUCAUCUCUCUGUUGAAAUGGAGACACUCAAUCAAGUUCUAUCACUAAUAGAAGCAUUCAAAGCUUUCGACGGAGACAACGACGGGUCCAUUAACGAGGCAGAGCUAGGAGGAAUCAUGGGGUCACUAGGGUACAAAGCUAGUGAACAAGAAGUGAGAGCAAUGAUGCAACAAGGUGACAAGAACAAAGAUGGGUUAUUAUGUAUAAGUGAGUUCUUAGAGAUGAACACAAAGGGUUUGGAGACUGGGAAUCUUGCAAAUGUUCUAAGUGCAGCAUUUGAAGCUUUGGAUGAAGAUGGGAAUGAGAUUUUGACUGGGGAAGAGCUACAUGAGGCGAUGGGAAAUUUUGGUCUUGCUUUGUCUUUAGAGAAAUGUGAGAAUGUUGUUGCUUCUCUUGAUAUGGAUGGUGAUGGAGCUGUGAGCUUGGAUGAUUUUCGACUCAUAGUGGAAUCCCUAAUUUAAGAUACAUUUACAUCCAUAGUCUAUGGGUAUGAUCGAUCAAUAAAUGAUAUUUGUAUUUUAUUAUAAGUCAUUUUGACAUUUAUAUACAUAUUAAGAAAUGUAUUUUAUUUAGUAUUGAAAAGAGAAAUUACAAGUGAUCUUACAAAAUUAUCCUUCA